UGGUUUUAUUUGGUUGCUGUGUGUAGUGUGGUUGUUGUUUGGUGUUGUUUUUUUUCAUUCAAAUGUUUUGAUCUUGUAAUUUAAGAAUGGGGGAAUACUCUGGUAUGGACCAGCAAUUCGUGGAGACACAUUUUGGUAAUUCGUCGGAUUUUACGAAACCCAUAAAGGAAAUUGAAGAGAAAUGGAAACUUGUUCCAGCUUUCCUGAAAAUCAAGGGUCUUGUGAAGCAGCACAUAGAUUCAUUUAAUUAUUUCAUUAAUGUUGAAAUAAAAAAGAUUGUUGAGGCCAAUGACAAAGUGGUGUGCGAUGCAGACCCCUUAUUUUAUAUUAAGUAUACCAAUGUAUAUGUUGGAUCACCUGAUGUUGAUGAGGGUUUCAAUAUCAGCAAACCGACCACACCACAUGAAUGUAGGCUAAGAGACAUGACCUACUCUGCUCCAAUUACAGUGGAUAUAGAGUACAUGAGAGGAAGUCAACGUGUUUCUAGGACAGGAUUACUUAUUGGACGCAUGCCAAUUAUGUUGAGAUCAUCCAAUUGUGUGCUCACAAACAAAUCAGAGUAUGAGUUGGCCAAGAUGAAUGAGUGUCCUUUAGAUCCUGGGGGAUAUUUUGUGGUGAAGGGACAAGAGAAGGUGAUCUUGAUUCAAGAGCAGCUUUCCAGGAACAGAUUGAUUUUGGAAGAGGGCAAGUAUGGAGUUCAAUGUCAGGUUACCAGUUCGACGCACGAAAAGAAAACCAGGACGAUCGUGUUCGUUAAAGCAAACAAAUAUUACCUGGGACAUAACAGUUUUAUCGAUCCCAUUCCCAUAUCUAUUGUUUUCAAAGCUAUGGGCGUAAUCAGCGACCAAGAGAUCAGCACGAUGGUUGGUAUCAAAGAUUUGCGGAAAAUAACGCCCACUUUGGAGGAGUGUCACACAUUAAAAAUUUACACUCAAGAGGCGGCUCUCAAGUAUCUCGGUACUAAGCUAGUACCGAAACGAUUUGUUACAACAAAAGUGAAGACACCUUUAGAGGAGGCCCGUGAGGCUUUGACAUCAACUAUUUUAUCUCACGUUCCCGUUGUUGAGUACAACUAUAAGAUGAAAGCCGUAUACUUGGCAUUGAUGUUGAAGAGAGUUAUCGAGGCGCAAUCGGAUAGCAAGUUUUUGGACGACAAGGAUUACUACGGUAACAAGCGUUUGGAAUUGGCCGGGUCUCUGUUGUCGCUGAUGUUCGAGGAUGUGUUCAAGAGAUUUAAUUUCGACUUGAAGACUAUCGCCGAAAAGACGAUUCCGAAGAUUCGAGCCACGCAAUUCGACGUCGUCAAGUACAUGAAAUCCGAUCUCAUCACCAACUGCCUGGUGUUUGCCAUUGCAACGGGAAACUGGACAAUCAAGAGGUUCAGAAUGGAGAGACACGGCGUGACGCAGGUGCUGUCUCGGUUAAGUUACAUUUCCGCAUUGGGGAUGAUGACGCGUGUUAACUCGCAAUUCGAGAAGACUAGAAAGGUUUCGGGACCGAGAUCACUGCAGCCCAGUCAAUGGGGAAUGCUGUGUCCGAGCGACACACCCGAAGGCGAGGCAUGCGGUCUUGUCAAAAAUUUAGCCCUUAUGACGCACAUCACAACCGAAGGAGAUGAAAACCCGUUGGUCCGUCUGGCGAAUAACACGGGCGUGCUGGAGAUCAACACGGUCGGCGGAGAGUUCAUAAAUUCGGACGGUGUAUAUUUGGUGUUCCUCAAUGGCAACAUAAUAGGUGCAAUUAGGCACUAUCGUAGAUUAAUCAGCAUGUUCAGAUUGAUGAGGAGGAGUGGUUACAUCUCGGGGUAUUGCUCGAUAUACCCGAACCAUCUUCAUAGGUGUGUGUAUAUAAGUUCGGACGGAGGUCGCCUCUGCAGACCAUAUAUAAUAGUCAUCAAUGGAAUUCCAUCUGUGUCAAAGGAGCACAUUGUCGAGUUGGAGAAGGGUAUCAGGAGUUUUGAGGAUUUCCUGCACGAUGGAUUGAUCGAAUUCCUGGACGUGAAUGAGGAGAACGACAGCUAUAUAGCAUGCUACGAGCGCGACAUCACGCGAGAGACGACACAUUUGGAAAUAUCCACAUUCACUUUGUUGGGUGUAUGUGCCGGGCUCGUUCCAUAUCCACAUCACAAUCAAUCUCCAAGAAAUACAUACCAAUGUGCCAUGGGUAAACAGGCAAUGGGAACUAUCGGUUACAAUCAGAAGAAUCGCAUGGACACCCUUAUGUACAAUCUUGUGUAUCCUCAAGCGCCGAUGGUGAAGACCAAAACAAUAGAGCUAACAAAUUUCGAUAAGCUUCCCGCUGGUCAGAAUGCAACGAUCGCGGUGAUGAGCUAUAGCGGUUAUGAUAUUGAGGACGCUCUCAUCAUAAACAAGGCUUCGUUAGAUCGCGGUUUCGGCCGUUGCCUCGUCUACAAAACGUCAAAGUGUCUGUUAAAGCGAUACGCGAAUCAAACGUUCGACAGAAUCCAAGGUCCCCUCAUAGACACCCAAAACAGCAAACCUAUAUGGAAGCAUGGAGUGCUGGACGCCGACGGUAUCGUAGGGCCGGGAGAACAGGUCCUUAACAAACAGACGAUUGUGAAUCGUUCGAUUCCCGUAAUUUCUGCUGUUCCCGGAGCGGCGCCGGGAGGAGCCACCAGCAGCAUAGAAUUUCGCGAUGCGCCCAUAGUCUACAAGAAUCCCGAAUCAAGUUACGUGGAGAAAGUGAUGGUAUCGACUAACGAGGAGGAAUCUGGACUGAUCAAGAUACUGUUGAGACAGACGAGGCGACCGGAGAUCGGUGAUAAGUUCAGUUCCAGACAUGGACAGAAAGGUGUCGUUGGUUUGGUUGUCGAGCAAGAGGACAUGCCGUUCAACGAGUAUGGCAUUUGUCCGGAUAUAAUCAUGAACCCGCACGGAUAUCCAUCCCGUAUGACGGUCGGUAAACUUAUCGAGCUGCUGUCAGGAAAGGCGGGAUUGCUGGAAGGUAAGUUCCAUUACGGAACUGCAUUCGGUGGAUCUAAGGUCGCAGACGUUAGCGAAGAACUCUCCAAACACGGGUUCAAUUACCAAGGGAAGGACUUCUUCACCUCAGGCAUAACUGGUGAACCACUGGAAGCUUACAUUUAUUCAGGACCAGUUUACUACCAGAAAUUGAAGCACAUGGUACAAGACAAAAUGCACGCCAGAGCUAGAGGACCCAGGGCCGUUCUGACCAGACAACCGACGGAAGGUCGAAGCAAGGACGGCGGCCUGCGUUUAGGCGAAAUGGAACGGGAUUGUCUAAUAGGAUACGGAGCUAGUAUGAUGCUGGUCGAACGUUUGAUGGUGUCCAGUGAUAUCUGCGAGGUGGACGUGUGCAACCAGUGCGGGAGGUUGGGCUACUGCGGGUGGUGCAACAGUUGCAAAAGCUCUGGACAAGUAUCGACAAUCACAAUGCCAUACGCAUGCAAGCUUCUGCUCACCGAGCUCCAAGCCAUGAACAUCACGGCCAGACUCACUCUGAAUCACUACUGCAAAUAAAAUAGAUUACAUAAUGAGGAGACAUUUUCAGAUUCGUUUUCUACAUAAUACUAAUAUUAUUGAUUGGUCUGUUUAAUAAUAAAA